AAUUUCAUUGGGCCUUGAGAGCAUGCAAAGUUGCUUGGAGACACCUUCCAUAUAUAAGCACCGUGGUUGUCUGAGAAGCCCUAGACCUCUGUGGACAAACCUUGGAGGAGCAGCCUCCCAGACUGACUUAAGCCCUGAAAAGCACCUGUUGCCUUGCAGCACCAUGAGUGAGAAAUCCCAUGGAUAUCAGAUUAAUGAUAGACUGGUUCAGGUGAGAUGCCAUUUUACAUGGGAGUUGUUAAUUGAAGACAUUGAAAUGCCGGAUUUAGAAAACAGGAUCUGGGAAGAGAUUCAAUUUCUAGACACUGAACACAAGGUAGGAUACAACCUCCUGGCCUAUGUGAAACACCUGCAAGGCAAGCAUGAGGAUGCCCUGGAGAACCUGAAAGAAGCAGAAGAGGUGGUUCAGGGAGACCAGGCUGACCACUCAGAUGUGAGGAGUCUGGUGACCUGGAGCAACUACGCCUGGGUGUACUACCACAUGGGCAGGCUGGCAGAUGCGCAGACGUACCUGGACAAGGUGGAGAACACGUGCCAGAAGUCUGCAGACCCCUCCCGCUAUAGAAUGGAGUGCCCUGAGAUGGACUGUGAGGAAGGCUGGGCUUUGCUGAAGUGUGGAAGAAAAAAUUAUGAGCGGGCCAAGGCCUGCUUUGAGAAGGCUCUGGAAGCAGACCCUGAGAACCCCGAAUUCAACACAGGGUAUGCAAUCACUGUCUACCGCCUGGAUUACCCUGCCAAAAGACCAUACGAUGUCAGUGAUGCGUUUUCUCUGCAGCCCUUAAGGAAGGCCAUCAGGCUCAAUCCACAAGAUGCAUACCUUAAAGCUCUGCUUGCUCUGAAGCUGCAGGAUUUAGGAGAGGAGGCCGAAGGAAGAGAGUGCAUGGAGGAAGCUCUGGCUCACACGUCCUCCCAGACCUAUGUCUUUCGAUACGCAGCCAAGUUUUUCCGCAGACAAGGCCGUGUGGAUGAAGCUCUGAAGUACCUAAAAAGGGCCUUGAAGGCAACACCCAGAUCUGUCUUUCUUCAUCACCAGAUAGGCCUCUGCUACAGGGAACAAAUGAUCCAAAUAAAGAAUGCUACCCACAUGCCGCCUAGAGGACGGGAUAGGGAGAAUGUGGACAGAUUGGUUCAAUUAGCCAUAAAUGAAUUUCAAAAGGCUUCAGUUCUAAAGCCGACAUUUGAAUUGGCUCAUGUUCACCUGGCUGAGAUGUAUGCAGAAAUACGCCAGUACAAAGAGGCUGAGGAACAUUUUCAGAAAGCAUUAUGCAUCCCGAACAGUGAUGAUCACAUCCAACAAGAAAUUCAUUACAGCUACGGUAAUUUCUUAGCAUAUCACUGGAAAUCUGAAGACAAAGCCAUCACUCAGUAUCUAAAAGGUCUAAAAAUAGAAAAAGUGUCUUAUGCCAGGGAAAAACUGCUCAAGGCUUUAGAGAGAUUGGCAGAAAGACGUGUGAACCGGAAUGUCCAAGUUGUGGAAAGUACCGCCCUCCUUGGGCUCAUCCACAAAUUGAGAGGGGAAGUGAGCAAAGCCCUGCUGUGUUAUGAGAAGGCUCUAAGGCUGGCUGCUGACCUCAACUCCAUGUUCUGAAAUGGAGAUCACCGUUAUCCAAGUAAGGUACUCAAAACGAAAUAUAACAUCAUCUUUUCCAAGCACUACCUUCAAACAUAUAAAACCUGUGAGGAUACAAAUCAAUUUCCGUUGCCUGCCCUGCUGUUUUCACUUUUCCCCUUCCCUCCAAAUGCCUAUGACAAGAACAUCCAUUCUUCUACAUCACAUCCCUAUACACAUACACCACAGAUGCUUAAUACCAUUUGGGGCAAGCAGGGCAUGCUGGGCCAAGCAGAUUCAUUUUGCUUCUGAUUUUGCCUUUGGAAGAAACAGUUUCAAUCGUCAGACUAGCUGUUGUCCCAAACAGAGGAGACUUCUUCAUGCAACCAGGGCUUUGACCUGGCACAAAAUAACAGUAAAACAAGUGAGCAAUGAUGAGACUUACCAUGAAAGAGAAGACUUUAGUAGUCACUCCAGCAUUCCAUACCUAGAUUUCCAUCUCCCAAGGCCCUCCUGAAACCAAAAACAUGGGGUCCAUGAGCCAAGCCUUAUAAUAAACUCGGGCUUCUGUUUGUAUCAGUCUAGCUACUAGCAAUCAAAAGGAUGGACAUGAUCCAAACACAUUGUUGGACUUUAUGUCACAGCUAAGAAUAUUACCUAUGCUUCGGGAAACUCUUUUUGGAGUGCCCAAGCUGAAAAUGACAUGGCUCAUAGCUUAGUGCAGUUUUUAAGUACUACAAACAUGUAGUGUAGAGGCAGCAUAGGAACACUGUAGACAGAUUGGUUCAAUUAGCCAUAUUUGAUUGUGAAUAUGCUGUGAAACUACUACCCACAUUUGAGAUUGCUUAUGUACAAUGAUUGGCAUGUAUGUAAUUGCAGGUGAUCAGAAAAAAAAAAAAACUGACAUUUCCCAAAGAAAGGAGAUCAUCCAACAAAACAUACUAAGAUACACAUUCCUACUUUGAUCACAUAAAGCAAUUUCAAAAAAAACUGAAGAUGAUGCAUUUUGCCAUCAUUUAAAGGCAGUUAAAAUAGGAAAGGACUCAUACGCCAGGGAUAAAAGUAUCAAUGCCUUGGAAAAUUGGCUUCAAGGAAACUAAAGAGAAACCAAUUAGACCUGGAAAGCUUGAGCCUCACGAGAUUGGGCCAAAGCUGAAAGGAGAAUUCAAUGAAGCCCUGGAGUGCUCUGAGCAGCCCCUGAGACUAGUUGCUGACGAGGGAACCAGGUGGGGAGUAACCACUAGGUGCUCAAGUACCAACCACUUUCAAUUGCAUUUGAUUUAGGUUAACAAGUGGUAAACUUCUCUCCUACUUGCUGGCUUUAGAAAGAUUUUACGUAAUUCAUGAUAAUGAUGCAGUUUUUAAAACGGAUAAAAUUAGCUGCAAUAAGCAAAUAGGAUAAAUAGCUGCAAGCAUGGCCUACUGCUUUGAUUGUCAGGAUACCCACAUCCAA